AUGACCCCUAUCACCCAAUUCUACGAUCUCACUCCAUACCAACGCAGCAAAAGGUAUUUCGUGGCCCUCAAAAGCGGUAUUGCCGAUCUGCUUUAUGCGCUCCCUCAAGACGGCGAUCCACGUGCAAGCUACGACUACUUCCACUACACUUACAAAGAGUAUGCCCACAGGUCGGGCGAUAAGAGGUAUGCAGAUGAGCAGCAGCAGUUGCGCGAGGACGUCAGCUAUGCCCUGUCCAAACGUCCGUACGACAGUGACUACACGCUACAAGCCUACAACAGGGAUUGUAAAAGGAUGGACAAAAAGUAUCUCUACAUAUCCCGCCAAGCGCUCGCUGAUGCCCUCAGGCUCUGCUAUAACAAGUACCUCCCUAGGGCAAAGAUGCAGGGCAAGCGACUCGUGUUCGCUUGGGUGGGGGAUGAUGACAGCGCUUCUGCCCCCCAGACCAAACCUCCGUGGGCCAAGGACGUAAACGUACCGCGCGCAAUUAGCAAAAUUGGCUACGAACUCGUCGAAAUAAACGGCUACAAGACCGCGACGAGGUGCAACAUCUGCCAUAGCGUUUUUAAAACUUGCUGGGCAACACGACAAGACCGAAGCACUUUUAAGGUUGACUGCAAUGACCCUGAUGCGUAUGGAAUAAUUGACGGGCUCAGGUUGUGCGACAGUCCCGAAUGCAGACAAGCGAUACCCGACGAGCACCCAUACCGCAUCAUGAACCUAGACAAAAUCAUCCUCUGUAACGCCAUUUCCAUUUUAAACUCCCUCAAAAGGCCACAAUUCCUCAAAUACAGCACAAAGGAUGCUUGA